AUGGCAGACUACCGUCAACUGAAGGGUAUCCUGCUAGACCUUCAAUCUCACCGGCAGAGGCAGCAAAAUCACCCAGGAGAUGAGAGAAUCCAGAAGCGCUUCUUAGUUGAAGAUAUGUUUAACCACUUGGAUAUAAAUGGUGAUGGGCACCUCAGCAGCUCUGAAUUGGCUCAGGUGGGUUUGUUGUUCAAUGAAAAUCAAAUUAUGAAGUGGACUGCAUUUCCCAUUCAAAGUGUAAAUUGAGUGUAACCACAGUGGAAUCCUCAAGAGACUAGCUGUUUGUAAAACUCUGCUGAAAAUUAGACUAUGAAAUAUCUUGCCGUAGCUGACUUUUCUCCCAUCUGCCUCAGGAAGCGGUGGCAUUAUUUUAUAUUGUUAAGGAUAUUUUGCAAAAUAAGAAUUUUCUAUGCCACUUUUUUUUUUCCUCCUUAGCUCUCUGGCAAAUAUAGGUUUGCGUCUGCAAUCAUCUUUUUUAAACAUGCCCUGCUCGCUGACAGAUAUCAGAUUUUAUUUGCAUUGAAAAAUAUUUAAAUAUGAAAAUCAGCAUAGAUUCUCCCUCCUUCCUCUGAGAUGCUCUAAUACUAAAAAUUUCAUUAACAACAGUUUCUGUCCCACAUGUACAAUAUCAUUUUGUAGCUGCAGAAGUGUUGAUUGACAAUUGAUCAAUUUAGAUAUAUGGUGGUGAGACACACACACACACACAAAGUGAUAUUGUCUUUAUCAUCAUGUUGUGGAAGGUUAUUCCCAUCAUGCCCUGAUUAUGCAUUUUUGAGAAAGAUCCAGCUAACCAGGAAAAAGGAUGGAUCCUUGAUCUGAUCCACCAUGUUCAUUUGUGCUUUGAGGCCCCCAAGCCCUUACCCUGAAAAUAACUUCACACUGACACCUAAUUUUUAGUUUAAGUCAUUGCGCAAAAUUUAGGCCACAACUUUAUUGAUUACAGCAAAGUGAGUGGUAUUGGCUUAGGCAUUGGCAACAGACUAUAACUGACUCCUGCCUCUCUGGCUGGAAGUCUGAAAGGGUAAACAACAAAUGAGGGAGCAACAUCAAUGAAGACCAACCGAAGCUUACCCCAGGGUUCUUGUGGUCCUGGCAUGGCCCUAGCCCCUCAAGCGGACUUCUGACGAGAUCCAGGACCCCCAGAUUCCUUUACCAGAAUACCCUCAUUCAUGGAGGGGCAAGUGAUGGCCGCACCUCCCCUCCCACACACUUCUUCUUCUUUUUUUUUAAAUAAUAUUUAUUACUUUUCCAACAAUUUAAACACUACAAAAAAUGUACAAUACAAUACAAAAACACUACAUAACACUAACACAUUAAACUAACAAAACAAAACAAAAACAGUUUAAAACACAUCAAUUUCAAUAUCUUAUCUUUCAUUCACUUAUUUCAAUGACCUCCUCACACCUCUCUUUUUGUAUUCCACUUCUAUUAAUUGUUUCAGCAAUUCCUUUCCAUCUUCCUCUGCUUUCUAUCCUAUAAUUAUCUUAACACAUUCUAACCUUAUUUUUCCUUUUAAUACUCUAUUAAUCUAUUUCUACUUAAUCCUUAUAACAUUUCUACUAAAGCCAUAUAACUUCAUUCCAACAUUUUUCUAACAUUAAUUGAUUUUACAGUAUUUCUGUAAAUAGUCUUUAAACUUUUUCCAGUCUUCUUCCACCGACUCUUCUCCCUGGUCUCGGAUUCUGCCAGUCAUUUCCGCCAAUUCCAUAUAGUCCAUCAACUUCAUCUGCCAUUCUUCCCGGGUGGGUAAAUCUUGUGUCUUCCAAUACUUUGCGAUGAGUAUUCUUGCUGCUGUUGUUGCAUACAUAAAAAAAGUUCUAUCCUUCUUUGGCACCAACCAUGCCCAGGAGAAAGGCCUCUGGUUUCUUCAGGAAGGUAUAUUUAAAUACCUUUUUCAAUUCGUUAUAAAUCAUUUCCCAGAAUGUCUUAAUCCUUGGGCAUGGCCACCAAAGGUGAAAAAAUGUACCCUCAGUCUCAUUACAUUUCCAACAUUUAUUGUCGGGCAAAUGGUAAAUUUUUGCAAGCUUGACUGGUGUCAUGUACCACCUAUAAAUCAUUUUCAUUAAAUUUUCUCUUAGGGCAUUACAUGCCGUGAAUUUCAUACCUGUGGUCCAUAACUGUUCCCAGUCAGCCAUCAUUAUGUUAUGUCCAACAUCUUGUGCCCAUUUAAUCAUAGCUGAUUUCACCAUUUCAUCCUGAAUAUUCCAUUUCAACAGCAAGUUAUACAUUCUUGACAAAUUCUUCAUUUUUGGAUCUAACAAUUCUGUUUCCAAUUUUGAUUUUUCCACCUGGAAACCAACUUUUUUGUCCAGAUUGUAUGCCUCCAUUAUUUGAUAAUAAUGGAGCCAAUCUCGCACUUUGUUUUUCAAUUUUUCAAAGCUCUGCAAUUUUAUUCUGUCUCCAUCUUGUUCCAGAAUUUACCAAUAUUUCGGCCAUUUGGCCUCCAUAUUGAGUUUUUUCUGUGCCUUCGCUUCCAUUGGUGACAACCAUCUUGGGGUUUUCUUUUCUAACAAAUCCUUAUAUCUUAUCCAAACAUUAAACAAUGCUUUUCUAACAAUAUGAUUUUUAAACGCUUUAUGUGCUUUUACCUUAUCAUACCACAAAUAUGCAUGCCAGCCAAAUGCAUUAUUGAAGACUUCUAGAUCCAACACGUCAGUGCUUUCAAGAAGCAGCCAUUCUCUCAGCCAGCAAAAAGCAGCUGUUCAUAAUAAAGUUUAAGGUCUGGCAGGGCAAAUCCACCUCUUUCUUUGGCAUCAGUUAAUAUCUUAAAUUUUAUUCGAGGCUUCUUGCCAUGCCAAACAAAUCUGGAAAUAUAUUUCUGCCACUUCUUGAAACAGUCCAUCUUAUCCAAAAUUUGCAAUGUUUGAAACAAAAACAACGUCCUUGGCAACACAUUCGUUUUUAUCACAGCAAUUCGGCCUAACAAUGAUAACUUCAAGUUUGUCCAUAUUUCUAAAUCCUUUUUCACUUCAAUCCAACAUUUUUCAUAAUUAUCCUUAAAUAAAUUCACAUUUUUGGCAGUCAUGUUAACCCCGAAAUAUUUCACUUUCUUAACCAAUGUUAGUCCUGUCUCCUCCUGAAACUUCUCUCUUUCAUUCACAGUUAAGUUUUUCUCUAAAACCUUAGUUUUCAUCUUGUUCAACUUAAAACCUGCUACCUGUCCGAAUUCUUGAAUCAGUUCCAAUACCCUUUUAGUACUAGGUUCUGGCUCCUGUAAAGUCAAUACUAAGUCAUCAGCAAAUGCUUUCAGUUUGUACUGUUUAGCUCCCACCCCUCCCACACACUUCAAUAAGCCAAUGCCUAACCGCCAAACCUUACUAAGUUGUGACGAUUGCUAAGGGGGUAGGCAAAAACCAAGUGACUACAGCCAAUCUGCCAAAUGGAAAUAAUUCCUACCCAGCCCCUGCUCCAAAGCAGGCGACCCAAUCCAAAGCAAGGCCAAAGCAGCACCGCCUAAAAUUAGGGAGGGAGGGUGGGUGUUUGGCAGCGCGAAGCAAGUGCCCCCAGUUACGGCACACUGCCACUUUUGUAGGGCCCAGGAAUCGCGCCAACUGCCCCAAUUGUCCCAAACAGCCUGGCGCGAUCCUGGGGCCCAACAGUUAAGGCUUGGGCCAUGCCCAGCAACAACUCUCCUAGCGGAGGUGCCUUAGGGGCCUGUGCGCAACCAGGACCCUCAUUAAGGAGGAUUCCAUUUGUUCUUGUAAGAUGACAGAGUUGCUGAAAACCACAAGAGGGGAGAGGCUCUUGUUCUCAUGUUCUGAUUGUUGGUUUCCUACAGGCAUCUGGCUGGGCAAGAUGAGCUAUUGGCCUGAUCCAACAAGCUCUUCUAAUGUUCUUAGGAGAUUUGCUGGGUAGUUUCUCUCCUUUUCCUCUGCGAAUUUUCAGGAGUGAAUUUUCAGUGGAAUGAGGUCUGCUUCCCAUCUCUCCCACUGACAGUUGAGGGCAAGGAGGCAUCAACUGAUGAGGGGCUAUAUUUUUUUGAGAGUUUUCAGGAGGCAGCAAGAUGCUGCUUUACCUUCUGCAAAAGACCAGAAAAAGGCAAGUUUUGCCCCAUCCCUAAGUUCCCUGAACUAAGGAAGGAGAGGGGAGGGUGGGAACCACAUAAUGGAUUUGGCUAAUAAGCAUCCUAACUGAAAUGUUGAUUAGCCCUUACACAAUAUUUCUUUCUCCAUCUGUUUUGUUUGUUUAUCUGCUGGAAUGUACUCCUAGUAAGUCCCACCUUGAAAGGAUUAAAUAGCUGCAGAACUUAAUUGUCACAAUAACAUGGCAUGUUGAGAUGUUUUGAAUGAGAAGUUUUGAGAAAUCACCUCUUUGGCUGAGUUGUUAUGAUAGAUCAAAGAAGGAAAGACCAUAUAACAUCCAAUGUCUGCUAAAUUCAUGAAUGAGCACUAAUUGGUUGAACAGAAAUGUGAUAUUUUUCAGGCUUGAAAAAACUGCAAAAUGUCAUUGUGUGUGUGCGUGUGUGAUGCACUGACAAAGCGAAAUGCAAAUGUAAUCAGGCAUUGGGAGUAGCUACUAUAUAUGAUGCAUGUUACAAUGGAAUGAAAGAAGUGGUUUUCAUUAUCUUACGAGCAGAAUUCCCAUCAUUUUAGCAGAUUUAUUUGUUUGGAGGGAGGGCUUGCAUAUUGCCAAGGCUCCUGAGCAGAGAGACAUGAGCUGUGUUCUCAUAUGCCUUGAAUUUCAGCUGGGCUGAGUAGUGAGCACUUUACUUCUCUCCCUUAGGGGUAAACAGAAACCAUUUGUUUGUAAGGAGGAAAAUAAGGACAUUCACUCCGGAGCACCCUUGAGGCAUGGGGCAUACCUGUUCUGUGAUACUUGCAGUGCCUUUCACUUAGAGUAAAAUAUGCUCAUAUCUGCACAACUAUGUAAAUCUAGGGCUCUCUCUCUUUGGUCAUUCUAAAGUGUAACACGAUCUGGCUUAAGGAGGAAGAGAGAGAGAGAGACCUAUUGUUUUUACGAAGGGAAAUGGAGGGAGGAAUCCUUUGUUUCAGGAACCUAUUAUAUUCAGUCCCUGAAGCAUUGCACCCUUGUAUGAGUUCCCUGGCAGUGGAAUCCAGACAAGCCAGAGGAAGGUAUGGCUGGCCAUUUCCCCACACACUGAAGUGAUGUUGCAGAGUGCAAAAUUUUACAGGACAAAUGGCAGCCAGUAAGUCACAGAAGAGAAAGUAAAGAAAUGGAAGGGACACUAUCUUCAUAGGCUAUUUACCCAUGGGAUGUUUACCCAUGUUUACUCAACCUUUGGAUCAGGGAGCAAAUGCAGCCUUCUUUCUGCUGUUUCCAGUUAGGGAAAGGGCAUAGCUCAGUGGUAGAGCAUCUGCCUUGCAUUGUGGCAUCCCUGGCAUCCCCAGGUAGGACUGGGAGAAGUCCCUGUCUGAAAUCCUGGAGAGGUGCUUCCAGUCACUGUAGACAAUACCAAGCUAGAUGGAGCAAUGGUCUGACUCAGCGCAAGACAGAUUCCUAUAUUCUUAUGUUCCAAGUGUGCAGACAAGUUUGCAGAGGAUUUGGCAGGAGGCCACUUCUUUGUUUUCAUAGCCCAUCUUGACUUCCACAUCAUAGUUAUUCUCAUAUAGCAUGAAGUUAUAUAUGAUGUAUCACUUCCUAGGCUCUCUUAUGUAUGUCAAAUUCGGCAUGUAACUGUUGCAUGUAGCAGGGCUUUGUAUAAGAUGACAGUCUGGGCAGACUUCAUAUACACUGUCAGUAUACACUGUCAGUGCUCUUGUAUAUUGUAUACUGAUAAAUAAAUGAGAAGCUAUGACAAUGAUAUAAAAUGAGAAGCCAUAACAAUUAUAUAGGAAAUGAUUGAUCAAAAAUUAAUGUAGGAACAUGAUAAUUGCUUCUGUUAGUUUAGUUAACUUGCUUGAAAGGAAGGAUAGGUUGUUGUUGUUUUUAAUGUAGACCAUACUUUUGUUGCAACACAUCUGCCAAAUCUUUCUCUCUACCCAGUAUUGAACUGGUUAAAAAAAAGAGGGAAAGUUAAGGGAAAGUGGAAUUUAGCCUUUGGAGAAUUGCCAACUUAUUUGCUUCAAUUAAUGUCAAAUAAUUCUUUUCAGAGAGAAAAGCGCCCCUAGCAAUAAAUAAGUAGAAGGUCAUUUUUUGUUCUUUUAAUUCAUGGUACAAAUUCAGUCUUAGCCACUAAAAACAUUUGAUUGAAAUCCACCACACACACAUCAGCCUUAUUCUUGUGAAAUAUCAGAUAAACUUCUGAGUAUACAAGCCCAUUAACAGCUAUGGUAAUUGAAAUAUUAUUUUCAUUUAAAGCUGUGUCUGUAGGGUCAGAUUCAUAAAUCUGCUAAAUUCAUAACUGCUAAAGUGAUUUCUUUCCUGGCAUUAAAUCAAAGGAGCUUGUCAGUAUUGUGAAAACUUAAUCAAUUUUCAAUACAAAAGCAGACAAAGGGAAAUUUCUAUCUUUAAAAGGUAGACCCUGGAAGUUGUGGUUGAUUUCAGUUUUAUUGACUAUUUUACAUGGUGGAUGAAGGGUCAUGUUUUUAGCAUUAUUACUUGACAUUGUCAUCAGUGAAAUGAGCCACAUCUGAUAUCAUGAAGAACAUGAAGCACUUGUUGACCAUAUCCUUGGUGACUUGAAUCUUGGCCCUCUGCAUUCUCAUGUUUGCCCCCACGCCAUCUUUGAAAUGGUAUCAUGAGACUUCCUUGUAUUGCGUUGUCACACAUUUAUUUGGAUCUGAAUAUAGGCUGAUGCUGCAUUCUGCCCUCCUGAAGUUUUUGGAAGUAGGGAUUAGCCAGUUUAGGUGUUAAAUAGGAACUUUCUGAAUGAUUCCCAAUUGGCUUUUGAGACAUUUUUGCCUACUUCAUAGAAAGUUGUUGUUGUUGCUGCUGCUGCUAGGGUUAACUUGGCUUUUCUAUUACAACAUGCAUGUAGUAUGGCCAUGUAUAGCUUAGUUUUGAUGUCUAAUAAUAAUAAUAAUAAUAAUAAUAAUAAUUUAUUAUUUAUACCCCGCCCAUCUGGCUGGGCUUCCCCAGCCACUCUGGGCGGCUUCCAAAAAAAUAUUAAAAUACUGUAAUACAUCAAACAUUAAAAGCUUCCCUAAACAGGGCUGCCUUCAGAUGUCUUCUAAAAGUCUGGUAGUUGUUGUUCUCUUUGACAUCUGGUGGGAGGGCGUUCCACAGGGAGGGCGCCACUACCGAGAAGGCCCUCUGCCUGGUUCCCUGUAACUUGGCUUCUCGCAGUGAGGGAACCGCCAGAAGGCCCUUGGCGCUGGACCUCAGUGUCCGGGUAUAACAAUGGGGGUGGAGACUCUCCUUCAGAUAUAUUGCAACAAAUUUUGCAACAUAAAACAAUCACAUUGGUGAUUGAUGACUCCUGGUGAUUUAUUGGUGACUCCUGCCUUCCAACCACUUGAUCUCAUACAAGGUAGCUGUAGAAGCCUUCAAGCAAUAAUGGAAAACAUCAGGAAAAGCUCAACAUUCCUAACAAAAUGCGAUUUUUGUCUAAACAUACCAAGCUUAUGUACUUUUUAUGGCCUAUUUCCCCACCCCACAAUAUCCCAGUGUUCAGUUUUCCCAUGCAAUAAAAAGUAUAUUCAAUUAAAUUUGGUUAAGUAAUUCUAAUGAUUCCACCUCUUUUCCUGAUCUCAACAGUUGAUGAAAAGGGACGACCUGGAAGAGGUUUUCUCAGAUUGUACACCAGAGGAUCUUCUCCGAUUUGAUGAUUACAACAACGAUGGUUCCUUAACUCUGCAAGAACUGUAUACUGCAUUCCGUAAGUGA